AUGAUACCAGAAUCAGUGCAACAUUAUCUCGACCUGGCACCGAGAACAAACUAUGCAAGAACUUAUACUGCGGGACAUAAUGUUAGGGAAUUGUUCAUUGGUCAAGACAUCUCGGACUACAGGAGCGGCUUACCGUCUUCAAUAUCGUCCAGUGAAACAGAGUAUGGUAUUGGUCAAUUUAGUACCAAUCAAUAUUGUGGAUACAGUUCGGAAAGACAAAACCCUCCGACACAGUACAAUUCGCCAUUCAUGCACCACUUCUCGACGAACUUCAAUAAUCACAAUCCUACGGUUGGUCUUGCUAGCCACUUCCCAGACCACCAACACAACGCAUUAGCGCUAUCGAUUGAUCCCGAGCGAACUAUUUCGUUAUACGUUGGGAACAAGACAUAUCAUUCCCAUUUACAUGGUCGCACCAGAAAUGAUACCAAGGAUCGCUCAUCAAGACAGACUUCACCGUUCCAAAAAUAUGAUGACAGAUCAAAUGGAGAUGCGUCCCUAGAUUCCCACAGUAUCCUAAGAGGUAGUGCUGUUGGAUUUGUGCCAACAACGGCCGACCCAAGAGGGCAAAAGAUACAAGAUUCUGUGGGACUGCAAGGCAGCCAGGAUUUCACAAAUCUUAGAUUCAAACGUUUAAGCAUUUAA